AUGUCAGCUCAAACCCCGACAAGUGACAACUCCCUUGAGGCCGGACUCUUGAGUACCGUAGACGAGAAGAGAGCCCUUGAGAACUCUACCAACCCUCCACGAGCACCCGGAACACAGCAGAAGAACAGGAUGACGACCCUGAGGCGAUUCCUCGUUGCCUUGACCGUCAGUGUCUUGGUUUCCUUGACCAUUGCUGCCCAGAUACCCGUCCAGGCACGCGGGAAUGUUAACGAUGUAGCUGUCAACGACGGGGCAGCCGGAGAGCAAACUUUGGCCCAGAUCAUCAGUGACGCUCUCGGCAACAAAUUUGUCCAGAUCGCCAAGCGCCAGAACAACAACUCGACCUCCGAGCCCACGGAGACUCCCCCGACGUCGCAGGGACCCGAGCCCACCAGCCAGGAGCCCUCCCAGGAGCCCACGCAGCCUCCCACCAGCAACCCGCCUCCUACCAGCCAGACUCCCGAGCCCACCACCCCCGAGCCUACUCCCUCGUCUACCGACAAGAAUCCUGGUACGUCGUCGGACGAGCCGUCUUCUUCCUCUCUAGGAUCGACUGAUCCUAUUCCUUCCUCUUCUACCCUUUCCCCCUCUUCUUCUUCUUCUCAAGUCCCUUCCUCGUCCAAGAGGCCUGAACCUACUUCCUCUUCCAACAAGCAAACCACCAGCCGAAGCGCAACCACCAACACCCGCACCUCGACCCUUCCCGGCGGCGGCAUCACCGUGAUCACCUCCACCUCGUACUACGACGUCGUUCCCCAACCCACGGGUGAUGGCUCUGGCUCCGAUCCCGAGCUCCAGAACGCUGCCCCCGGGCAAAACGCUAUUGCCAUCAUCCCCGCGCUCUUUGGCAUCGUUGCGGCAAUGGCUCUCUAA